GCUGGGUACUGAAACAGUCCGAUCACCCGACCACUGUCCGACCUGCUCCGACAGCGUGACCACGCAGAGCCCGUCUCCGGACAGGGCUGAGUGCAGCGAGUUGAGUACUGGCUCCCGAGAAGAUUUCCUCCGGUAAAAGGGAAAACUGGAUGCAAAGGGCAACGAAACCGUUAAAUAUAUGUUUUAAAAGAAGGGACUCGAUCUAAAACCACCGAUUACCGCUUGAUUGUUGAAGCUACUGCAGAGGGAGUCGGUCAAGUGUGGUGAAGUUGGGGCUCGUUUUUUGUUUGCAACUUUCUCUGGGUAAAUGUAGCUGUAGCGGUUCUUUCGGACAUUAGGUUAUUAAGAAGUGACCGGGGUUUGAACGUGUUUGCACUAAAUGUUUGAAGUGUUCCUGCGGUGUUCUGUCGGUGGGGGCUCUUCUGGAGACGCUGUGGCUCGUUUGUAAAGUGCGCGUUCACGGUUACUAAUUAGACUUUGAUGUAAAUUAAAUGAGACGCUCGUGGGCAAUUCCAGAGGACAGCGGGUGAAGAAAAGGUGACAGAAAACUCACAGGAGUGUGGACUCACGUGCUCUCACACGAGUGAAGGCGACUCACGGAGGGGACCUGACAUGUUAGUCAAUCUCCGAUGGAGCUCUUUUGCGGGAUGCAAGUGCACUCUUGAAGACCGUCGUUGCGUUUUUGUUCGGUAAUAGUUUACUGCGGAGUUUUAAUGAGGUUUUUUUACCGUAUGUACUAGCGCUAUUGUUAUUACUAUUAUUAUUAUUACUACUAUCAUCAGAAGUCUCUGAAGUUUCCUACCACGCCACUGGGGCUGAACCACAACCGACUGAUUUCCCUCGCGCCCAGACCAUGGCUUCCAGCCCGGAGGACAGCUGCUGCUGGUUGCUCUGGAGACGGACCCUCCUCGCGCUGUGGCUGUGUGCGGUGGUGGCGCGUGCAGCGGAGGAUGAGAGCUCCUUCAACGCAGAGUCAUGGUUGAGGAUGUAUGGUUACCUGCCCCAGGCCAGCAGACAGAUGUCGACCAUGCGAUCAGCUCAGAUCCUGUCUAAUGCCAUCAGUGACAUGCAGCGGUUUUAUGGUCUGGAGGUUACAGGACAGAUGGAUGCUCAAACCAUCAGCGCCAUGAGGAGACCCCGCUGUGGUGUGCCUGACAAGUUUGGAGGCCAGAUCAAAACCAAUGUGCGGCGGAAACGCUAUGCCCUCACUGGACAUAAAUGGAACAAGAGCCACCUCACAUACAGUAUUCAGAACUACACUCCCAAAAUUGGGGAGUACAACUCAUACGAAGCCAUCCGGCGGGCCUUUAAAGUCUGGGAGAGGGUCACCCCUUUGACCUUUGACGAAAUCCCCUACCAGGAAAUCAAAUAUGGACGCCGCAAGGAGCCCGACAUUAUGAUCUUCUUUGCCUCAGGUUUUCACGGAGACAGCUCUCCUUUUGAUGGGGAGGGGGGCUUCUUAGCUCAUGCCUACUUCCCUGGACCUGGAAUGGGUGGGGACACACAUUUUGACUCUGAUGAACCGUGGACCAUAGGGAACCAGAAUGUACAAGGUAAUGACCUCUUUCUGGUAGCAGUCCACGAGUUGGGACACGCGCUGGGUUUAGAGCAUUCCAACAACCCCCUGGCCAUCAUGGCCCCCUUUUAUCAAUGGAUGGAGACCGACAAUUUCCAGCUACCUGAAGAUGACCGGCGGGGCAUACAACAGAUCUAUGGUCAGCCAGAUGGCAGCCCCACCCAGGCCCUGCCCACAGUGACACCCCGUCGCCCAGAGCCCAGGCCACCUCAGAUACCUCCUCGGCACCCUGAUCGCCCGAGGACCACUGAAAGACCAGAUCACUAUGGACCCAAUAUCUGUGAAGGGAACUUUGACACAGUUGCUAUGCUCCGAGGAGAAAUGUUUGUUUUCAAGGGCCGUUGGUUCUGGCGGGUGCGUAAGAACAGGGUUCUUGAUAACUACCCCAUGCCCAUUGGUCACUUCUGGAGGGGUCUGCCUGGAGACAUAGAUGCUGCCUAUGAGAGACAUGAUGGCAGGUUCGUCUUCUUUAAAGGAAACAGAUUCUGGCUUUUCAGGGAGGCUAACCUGGAACCAGGAUAUCCACUUGAGUUGGUUGAUUAUGGUCAAGACAUUCCCUACGACCGAAUAGACACAGCUAUUUGGUGGGAGCCAUCUGGCUACACUUACCUCUUUCAAGGAGACUGGUACUGGCGCUUCAACGAACAGUCACGCUCGGCUGACCGAGGCUACCCAAAGCCAAUCAACGUUUGGGGAUCAUCAGUGCCAUCUACACCCAAGGGGGCUUUCCUCAGCGAUGAUGGAGCUUACACCUUCUUCUAUAAGGGUUCCAAGUAUUGGAAGUUUGACAACCACCGUAUGAAGAGCGAACCCGGGUACCCCAAGUCCAUCCUGAGAGACUUCAUGGGUUGUAGUGUAGACCUGGAUCCCGACAGAGACACGGACACAGACUCAGGGCGCAAAUACCCAGAUGUAAACCGUCCACCAUUCAACCCAGACGCUGGACGUGAUGGCGACAAAGACAAAGACCGGGAUGGAGCAGAUCGCGGAGGUACGGACAAAGACAAAGGCAAAGGCAAAGGCUCAGACAAUGACAAAGACGAAGACUAUCGCGAGGGUCGUGAGGAAGACACCAAUGAGGUGGAUGUGGUGCUGAAGGUGGACGACAGUGAGGAGCGGACCAUGAACAUCCUGAUGGUAACAAUCCCUCUGGUCCUGGUGCUGUGCAUCCUGGGACUCAUCUACGCCAUCAUCAACACGCUGCAGAGUAAAGGCGCGCCACGGCUGCUGGUGCACUGCAAACGCUCACUGCAGGACUGGGUCUGACCCCUGACAUUAGGGGGCAGUGAACUAUGAACUUGAAUUGAACCUUAGAUACCCCAUCCUCUAAUCUAACCCUCCUCCCAGUGAUCCAUCUGUCUCAAGUCUCUGUGCUCAGUGGCUCCUGCAACUCGUAGUACUUGGUAGUAGAUCCAUGCAAAUACUGUACUGAUAUAGGCACACACGAACUAAAAGGAGGCAUAAACCAUGUCCUUUACACACACACACACACACACACACACACACACACACACACACACACACACACACACACACAUACACACACACCACCCUAACCUCCUCCUGUCUCCCAUGGUGCUCUACAAUGCGGUGACUGUAGUCUAUUUAUAUGAGAGAAGUUUGCACAUUGUUUUUUUUCUUUAUGUUUUUGUUUUGGUUCGUUUUGUGUGACUUUUUGUUGUUGUUAUUAUUAUUUCUAAACCAGGAAGACCGUUCUAUUCUCUUUGCCGUCUCUGCGCCGCCCUCCUCCUUCCCCUAACCUCAGUAGGGGCUUUGUCCUAACUGAUAACUUGACAUCUGCUUAUGCUAUCUCACUUAGCAGAAAAGAAAGAAAUCCAAAGGGGUUACAAAAGGUUUGCAGACAGACCUCCAUGCUUCAAGUAAGGUUCAAUAGCAUUUUUUUUCUUUUCUCUCAUCAUCAUCAUUGUGCCUCUUUUUGUUUCUUGCCUUUUCAAUGUAGUAUAGUAUGUCAGGACUGGAUGGUGGGUUGGAGAGAAACUGGAUUUGGUCAAACAUUAUAGUUUAGAGGCAAGAGGUAUUUUAAGACCUGCCAUUAUCCCAGAUGAUAUUCUUCUUUGACUCCCAAUGAUGAUGACUUGUCUGUGACUGUAACCAAACAGACUAAGAGAGCUGCUUCAGCUUUAAUGGAUUAUUACAACUAAAAUCCUAUUUUUGCACUUUUAGCCAUUUUUGUCUUUGGUAGUAAUAAUCAUGUAUCUGCCAUGUUUUGUGCUGAGAUCUGAGAAUCUUUGGAUGACACUAAAAAACAAACCCCCAGGUUGGCCAAAAAGUGGAGUAAAUGGUGACAGACAGUAAAAUUAUUACAUACUACUGUUUCUUGUCUCCGUAAACCAUCUUACAGACCAAUUUUCUGGUUCCAGAAACAAACAGCUUCUGCAUGCAAUUAUGAUUAUUUCCGCUGACAAUGUGGUAAUUUUUGGUUUUGGCUUUAAACAAAGUUAUAAUCAAAUGUCUGUUCAAUGGAAUAGUCUGACAUUAAGCCUUGACUUGCGGAUGCAAACAUCGACGGCUGUAGACACCACCAACAUGUAGGUGUUGCUAUCAAUUUCCUCUUAUAUUUCACUUGGAGACCACUUGGAGGACUCCAUUUCAAACAGGCACAGUAGGUUGUAUCUAUGUGUUUCACACAAACACUACUGCCAGGCAUAUGCACUAUUGCUCUUGGGGCAUAGUUAGUGCACAGCCUCUAGCUGACUUGGGGAGAUGUCACGUGGACUGGUGCAGGCCCAGAACAUAAAUGAUUUUGUGGAUGGUGAAAUGACAAGAACAAUACCACUUUCAUGUCUGAAUGCUAGCUACGGACAUCAGGCAAUUAGCUUGUCUUCACAUCAAGACUGGAGCAGCUCCCUAACUUUAAAUUUUACUGUUGAACACCGUAUAUCUUUUAUGUUUAGGGCCAGUUUGAGUUUAUUUACACAAGGGUCGGCUAGGGUUUGCGUGACUUUCAUCAUCUACCCAAAUCCAGGAGUUUCCACAUCCCCUCCACAGAUGUCCAUGUGCAGCCCAAAAAUUGGGGUCAACACGAACUACGCUACAAGGGCAGUAGUGUUGAUGCAUGAAAUCCAACCUAUGAACAUGCAUGGAGCAGAGUCCUCCUAACUUAGAAUGUAGUGAAAUAACAACUAUACUUUGAUUGGGGUUUGCACCUGUCUGUGUUCACAUCCGCAAAGGAAUAAGUGUGUUUAUCUUGACUGAUCAUGCUCCCUUGUCCAACAGGAUUUGUUUUUCAAGUUUUACAAUAAUCCCAGAUAUAGCAUUGGCAAUUACUUUGAUGAAUAUAUUACUUACAGGACAAAUCAUGACUAUGAAAAUAAGACCCAAGUUAUAACACAUUGUAAUUAUCUUAUAAGUUCAGACCACUACAGCCUUAUUUUCCUUCUUUAUCUUGUGCUCACACAGUUGGACAACAGGUCUAGCUUCUUUCUUUCCCUUAUUUGGAGACUAUUUAAAGACCUCUGUGGCCGAAAGGGUAAACAGACUUUAAAGGGGACCUCCUCCCUUUGCUUUCAAUUACGAGGCUAAUUCUCAGAGUGCCUCUUUUCUGUCAACAAGAAGUCCUUUUCUUUGUGCUACAGAGGAGACAGAGUAAUAGUUAAUGUAACAAGUCAGCUCAGUGUGAGAUGAAGGAGCAUUCAUUGUAUUUGCACAUGUGAGACAUAAAACAAGGGAAGCCAUGGCCUUUCACUUUAGGCAGGAUGUAACACCAUAAAUGCAACACAGCAGUCGUAGAGGGCAGCUAAUGUACCAUGCAGUCUGUAAUGGGGUUUUUACUGCUAGUGUUUUUAAAAGGACAAUUUAAAAACAAACAAACAAAAAAAAAACAAAACAGUGAUGAUCUGUGGACUUGCUGCUGUAAAGAUAUCCAUAAGCACCAGGGUGGGCUCAGGCCAUGCAGGCUCAUGUGAGAGCAGACUAAUCCGCUUCAUUAAAUAACAGCAGGUGUGUGCAAAUGCUGUUAACCCCUCUAACCUCUUUCCUAAACCUUGAACUCCCCAAAUCACAACAUUUGCCACUCCUUUUUCAUCUUGCAAGAACAGAGAAAAGAUGAAGAUGCGCAUAGAGAACUCUUAACCACUCAUUAUACUGCUAUUAAAGGACCAUGCUGUCUUUAAAAAAUAAUAAUAAUUAAACUUCUGUGCUAAAAUUAUUGCCAGCCAUCUUCAAACACAUGCCUGUAAGUAUUUUUGUCACUAUUCAUACGAUCCAUUGGUUUUCAUACACACUUACAGUGUACUGUGAUUUGAAAACUAACUUUAAAUGCAAUAAUGAUGCAACGUUCAUGAUAGUCUGCUUCCUGAUUUUUAUACUGUGCAGAAAUAAAUAGAAACCAGUGUCUGUCAUGGAAUUAUACCUUAAAAAUCUGGAGAAUGACAGCAUGGUGUGCAAAAUGGUUGGUGUCAGAACAUUACUCGGGGCUUAAAUGUGCAAGACUGAGGAUGUUACACUGAGUAGCAUCAGUAAAAAAUGUGAAAUUAUCUCAUCGUCAUAAAUGCAAGUCUGAAAAGCAGGUUAAAAUGAGUGUAAAAGUGAUAGGCCUUUGAAGUUUGACUUCAAAUAUGAAUGGGAGGAAGGCUUAUCUGAAGUAGCAGUAAGAAGUGAGCUGCCACUCUGACCGGGGGGCUCAGCAUGCCCAGCUCAGGUUACACAGAUGUGGACGGGGUGGGUGAAGAGAGUCUGAAUUUCCUGCAGCUGAGACAAGGAAGGGGGGAGGGGGCAGAAGGGAGGAGGCUGACCUCGUCUCCCUGAGCUCGCAAAGUUUAGAUCUCAGGAAUAAGGAGGGGUGGGAAGAAAAAGAAGAAAGGGGAGAGAGAGUAUUGGCAACAGCCCAUGUGACCCAAAUUCUACUGCUAGCUCCACAACAGUGCUGGCCAAAGAGGAAACUUCAGCUUACAGUAGGUGACAGGCCUUUUUUAGGACAGUACUUUUCCAGCCCAAUUACAUGUUUUAUAACCUGCAUUUUGGUAGCAUUAGAGGUUCAUCUUGUUCUAUGCUAGUCAGACUGAAAAAUGAACACUACUUAGGAUUCCCACAAGGUGAAGACAGGUUAGGGUGAGACACCUAAGCAGACAGAGCUGAAGUCAAAUUGAACAGUGAAAGGCAGAGAAGGAAGAGCAGACUCAGCCAUCACCAGAAGUCUGGAGAUUGAUCUGAGGCAGGUCGAUAGCAGUUGCCAGGAAACGGUGUCCUGUGUCCAUCGCUCACCUCCUCAACAUCAGGGUUGUGUGUGUGGAGGGAGGGGGUUGGCAGACGCAGCUAAUCAGUGUUAAAAGCUCCCUCCUCUGCUCUGCUCUCUCCUGUCCUGUCCUGUCCUGCUUUUCCAUUGGUCCUACAGGCACAUCAGUGAGUGCUCAGCGUCUGGACAGGCUCAGAAACUGCAGACUCAUUGCACUAUACACAAACUUGUACAUGGAGCUCUUCUUUAUCAGGCCUGCUUUUCUCCUCUGUAACCUCCAAACACAGAGCCCAUGGGGAGUUAACCACUUCAAAGCUAAAAUAGCCACUUCAAAGUGGAAAAAGUCAAGUUCACCUGAGUUUACUUGAAAUCACAGUUUCAGCAGAUUGAGAGGUUUUCUGAGGUGACACUGACAAGGACUGUUUAGUUCAUUGUCUUAGGACAUUGAGCAGGGGAGAAAUACUGGCAGGUUUGGAAAGAAAUCUGUCGAGGCGGAGUGAUGCAUGUUUGUGUGUGUGUGUGUGUGUGUGUGUGUGUGUGUGUGUGUGUGUGUGUGUGUGUGUGUGUGUGUGUGUGUGUGUGUGUGUGUGUGUGGAGGUGUUCAGUUAAUCAGCCCUACUUGCCAUAAGCGAAGCCUGUUUUCGGACUGUAAAUCUCCCACACUCUCUCUAUCCCCACCCCUCGGCAUACUCAGCCCAGCCCUCUAAGCCCGAGGGGAUCAUAAUAACAACAAUGGCCUUCUCUCUCUUCCACUCUCUUCCUCCUCCCUCCUAUUUUCUCUCUCUCCCUAAUACAUACACACACACACACAUUAUUGUCUCUCUCCGGCAUCUAGCAUCACUGCAGAGUCAGUCCGUUCAACAACUGUGGAGGGAUUCAUUUAAAAAGCACUACCUGUCAGGUUUUCCGUUUGGUGAACCAGACAACAGAACGCUCCAUUCAGAUUUAAGGUUGCAAAGGUAGAGAUUCUUUUAUGUUAAUGCCUUGUUCAUUUUGAAGUGCAGGACCUUGAUGCAAAGUUUUAGUAAGGUUAGGACAUGCUGAGCUUGUCUGAGCUUUCAUCUCUCUCAGGAUGUGUUUCUGUAAACACUGCAUGCUAAGCGUUCCUCUUUUUUUUUGUCCUUUUAAAGAGCAUCUCUGUUAAAAGUCUCCACAAUCAAUCAGAAGGCAGGUAUUCUUGCAGCUGUGUCUGUCCUCCCAACACUGUACUUUUUUGUCUUUUAGAUUCCCACUGUCACCAUGUAUUCCCGCACUGCUAAGAGCUGCAAGCUUCAAAAAGUCAUUGCAUCAGCCCUGUGCGAAAUCCCAAACUCUACCGGGAUAAACCAGAUCAAUAAAUAACAGACUGGACAAGAUCAAAGGAAGGGGGGAAAAAAAAAUCUGUGGAACGUGACAGACUGUGUUCUGUUUCAGUUUCACUUAAGUUGAUUUUGUGGCUUUGCAUUGACUCGAGCCCAAGGGAUCGUGGGUUGUCCAGAUGCUUCUCUCUUUUCCCAGAGUGCAUCUCAACUCGCCCACUCUGGAACCACUCGUUUCAAAUUGCCACUUGGCUAACUCGACCACUCACCGCAGGACUGAAACAGAAAAGAUGUCUGAUAAAUGACUCUCAGCAUUUGUGUCGUGGCUCUGACCUGGACCAGUGCAGCGGAUCAGCUCUCAUUGUGCUUCAGACAGGCUUUGAAAAGUUGAGUAGCCAACUUAGGAAAACUGUGUCCAUUCACUAACUGCCGCUACAGUAGAGAGUAGAUUUUGUUGGAUUCAGUCAUUCUGGACUGACCAUCAGUAGUGGAACUCACACUACACCUUAUCGAAUUUCUAUCUUCAUUACUGGCUGAGUCGUGGUUCAGUGAUUUUCUGACAAAACAAAAAAAACAAAAAAUACCUCCCUCUCAUCCCUGCCUGGGAUGAUGUGGAGAAAAAAAAGAAAGCAGCAGUUGAUCAAAACAGCUGAAAUUAUGUUUCUCUCUGAUAAUUUGUCUUAUUUUGAUUUUACUUUGUGCAUUUUUUUCUCUCAAAACUUGAUACUUUUUUUUUGUUAAUAACAUUCCAAUUAGUUUUGUUGUUUUUCUUUUGAUUGGUUGCUAGUGGGGUUUUUUUCCUUUAGAAAAUGUUAGAUUUUAUACAUUUGUGUUGUGUGUUCACCUCUAGUUGAGUGUGUUAACAAGCCAUGCUGGACAUGUACACAUUAAAAAAAAUUGCUCUGAAACUCU